AUGGCCCAGAUCCCAGUUCGACAAGACGUGUUGGCCACCUUAAAAGGCCGAACCAUUCUGAUCACAGGCGGCGCCAACGGCAUAGGCCGACAGACGGUUUUGUUGUUACACGGUUAUGGAGCGAAUGUAAUUGUCGGCGAUCUCGACGUCGCCAGGGGCGAAUCCUUACUCGAAGAGAUUGGCGGAGCUGGCCUGUUCCAAAAGACCGAUGUCACCAAUUGGGAGUCACUCAGGGCGCUGUUUGAGGCAGCCAAGGCCAAGUACGGCGCAAUCGAUGCCGUUCUGGCCAACGCCGGUGUCCCGGAGCGACCCCCGUUCCUCUUCGACGAGACGCUGGACGAGAACGGGCUGUUGAAGGAACCUGACUUCCGCCUCAUCGAUAUCAAUGUGAACGGGGUGAUGAGAACUGCAAAGCUUGCUUUACACUACUUUGCCAAAAGCCCCACGCCGGGGGGAGCGUUGGUGAUAACCGGGUCUGCAGCAUCGUAUUUUGCUUCACCGCCGAUUGUACGGUACGGUGCAGCCAAGCAUGCGCUUCUGGGUCUACUGCGUGCCGCUGCCGCAAUGACGAAGCCGGCAAAUGUGCGAGUGAACCUGGUUGCUCCGUGGAUGACUGCCACCGAGUUCAGUUCCGAAACCAGCGAGAUCUGGGGCGACUUACCAUUGAACACGGCCCAAGAAGUGGCCGAGGCACUCUGCGUGGCUGCUGCAGACAAGUCUCUUCACGGACGAGCACUCUAUGUGGCCAAGGAAAUUGUCGACUUUGAACUUCCGUUACACCAGACCAGGGAGAGCUGGAUGACGGCCAAGCAAGCGGCGUGGUUUGAGCAAGGCAGAGAACGGCUGGCCGUGGGCAUGGGGCUUCCAGGGGAUCAUUAUCUCGCAGAUGCUGUGUAG